UGAACUGAUUUCUAAACUUAUAACAUCAUGCUUUGAUUCCCGAUCUCCUAUCAAGCUGUUUACUAUUCUCCAUUGAGUUUUUAAAUUACCUGAGCAAUUAUCAAAUUUUUUCAAGUAGUACUGCUCUUUUGCUUUUCUCAGAUCGGAUUUUAAUUUAUUUCUGAAUGUUCUGUAAUAUUCUUUCAAAUUUAAAUCAUGUGGUCUUGAAAUCGUAAGUUUGUACAGUUUUUUCCUUCUAUUGAUUCCUCUAAAUAAGUAGUCAGAAAUCCAUGGAGUUAAUUUAUUAUUGAUAAAAACACUUUUUCGGGGUCUACUGCAUUUACACUUAUCUAUUGAGUCUGAUAAUAGCUUGGUGAACGAAUCGAAAGCAGCUGAGACGGAGUUCUUAUCUAAGACGCUCUCCCAUUGCAAACUUUGUAACUCUACUUUCAGUUGAUCGAAAUCAAUCACAAGGCUGCUUCUUUCCGUGGCAUCUUUAACAUGAUAACGUUUUCUUAUAUCUAGCUCCAGACGUAGGCCUACCAUUGAAUGAUUGUAAAAAGAUUAAUAUUUUUUAUAGUAAAAAUAUUGAUGAUAAUUCAUGACUGCACAUGCCUGCCUUCGCAUAAAUUAUCGGCCAACAUCACAAAGCGUCAAAUAGUACCGAUGGGAUGUGAUUAUAGCUCCAAUUGCAAAUAUUAUGAGUGGUGCGUGAGGAAAAAAUGUGAGUGGGCCUGUAUAGAUAGAAUGGACUGUGAAUCUUGGUCCACGGAUGGUCAUUGCGUAGCACUAAAUAAUUCUGGAUACUGUCGAUUCUACUCUUCAACCGCAUUAUCCGAUCUUUUUGACACAUCAGAUCCCUCUGAAAUAAAAAGAGGUAUCAAAAAAGCUGAGUGUUCGUUCAACAAAGACUGUGACGAGAAUGCAUGGUGUACUGUUGAUAAGAAAUGUGAGAGAGCAUGUACGAGCAGCAGAAUGAAUUGUGAGUCCUGGUCCCGGGACGGUUAUUGCGACGGAGAACGCCACAUCCCUGUGUGUCGCUUUCAUUCGGCCAUAGAAACUGAUCCAAUCAGCGAUGUCUCCGAGUUGAGAUAUGGUUCAAAAUCCCAAGAUACUUAUUGCGAACACACUUAUGAAUGUUCUCCUGACUUAUAUUGUCAUACCAACAAUAAGUGCAUCAACCCCUGUAAGGAACUAUUAAAGUGCACAACGGAUGGACCAGACAAUCCGGGCUUUGUAGUCCUCAGGGACAACGAGGAGUACCCGGAAAGCAACAAAAUCAGCUGUAUUAUCAAAGACUAUGUACUGAGCUGUGAAUAAGUAUCCUCUGCAACUUAAGAAGUUGUAGAAUUAAUUUCAGCAAUUCAAAACUAAAUAGAAAAUGUGAACACGUAGAAAACUUCAAAUGUUAAUGUAAACUGUAAAGAUGUUAACAGUAAACUGUAAAUUGAAAUAA